AUGUCGGAGCAGGAUUUCAUGGGCCGCGUGAUUGGCGCUGCUUCCCAGGGAGCAGUGGGUGCCGUGGUAGCAGCUUCACUCAGCGCAGUGACCGAACCCUUGGUGAACAACAUGCUGGUGAAGCGGACACCCUUGAUGGAGGCUAUCAAGCAGCUGGAUGCCCAGAUGAUCAAGAAAUUCUUGCAGACCACUUUGGCAACGAACUUCAUCAAGUUCCCAUUUUUUGAAGCUACCGACAUCAUCAUGCAGGGUGUCCAUCUUCCUCCCACUGCCAUAGCAGUGUUUGGAUCCGUCUGCACCAUCACCCUGCCAAUCACCAACUACCGGUUCCGAAAAUCCAUGAACUUGCCAGUGACUCCAGGCAAUCUCUACCAGGCCUGUGGUCCGACAGCUUUGCGAGACAUCAUCUAUGGCAUUGCUCGCAACAAGGUGUCAAUCUUCCUGACGAGCUUGAGCCCUGCCAUUGCGAGCACCAUGAUGGGAAGAGUCGUGAGCAUGUUCGCCACCGUUGUGGCAGCAUGUGUUUUGUCGGCGCCUGGCAACGAGCUGCGAGGCUACUGCUUGCAGCCUCCCGACCGCAAGCAAUCCUUCGCGGAUUUCUUCCAGCCAGCCAAGGUGAUUCGGAGUACGUUGGUGGGUGCCAUCAUCAUGGGCAUUAGCUUGGCUAUUGGCACAAUGGCAACACCACAGGCGGAGAAACUCAUCGAGGUCAUGAAAAAGUACUUGCAAAAGAACCCUCUCAGCUAUGUUGUGAUCAUUCUUUUCGUCCUGCAGCAGGUCAUUAGUACUCGUCGCCAAAGCGAACUUGUUGCAAAACUCGGUGCCAAGGAGCAGAUCUUGGCUCCGGUGAACUGUGAAAAACCACAGCUGGAAGAGGAUUUUCCACGUUUGCUGGGGGGGCAGGUUCAUCCGACACACAGGUGGCGCCUCUCAAGGCAUCGGAGGAGCCAGAGGAAGAUGAGAAGGACACAGGUGAGGAACGCCAAAUGGAUGAUUUUACGCCAGCAAACUCUGUUCCGUUUGGCGUUGUGAUCACCGACGUGGAGACUCGCAAGAGUGUCAACACGAAGAAAAAACAAUACAAUUCGGCGAGGAGCCUCCCAAGGUUCCUCGAACUUUUAUCAAUG